AUGCGUUCAUACCGUUUGACAGCAAUUCUAAGCGUAUUUAUAACAGCAUUGACAGUAUCUGUGGCGGAUGAAUUGGUACUUGUUCAUGUUAAAGGUAUGGAGCAUAUGGUUCAACUUGGUCAACAAUUAAGGAAACUGUAUAUGAAAGAUGUCAAUUUUUUGACUAAUAGAUAUCACUCUAACGAGAUUUAUGUUCAAUCAACAAACUAUAAUAGAACUAUCAUUAGUGCAAUGUCAGCGCUAAUCGGACUUUACUAUGAUAAUACCUCGAGACCGACUACAGACUAUCCUAGUGGGAUAUGGCCGGCACACUUUAUUCCAGUUGCAAUACAUACCCUCGGACCCGGUGAUCGGUCGGAAAUGUUACAGUUACUUGACCCAACAUCACCUUGCGCAAGGCAUCUGUGGUUGUGGAAAAAAGCAACUAAAACAGUGGAAUACACAAAUUUAAUGUCCAAGUCUCAAGUGCUGCUACAACAUUUAUCUAAUGCAACUGGCAUCGAGAAUUUAUCGCUAGAAUCUUUAUGGUUUCCAUACGAUAUAAUCUAUAAUGAGUUACUUGAUGGUCGACCAACAGUGAUCACCAAUGACGUAUUUGUUGCCAUGGAAAAUGUUAAAAAAUUGCACGAUACAACAUUGAGUAUGCUGUUGGCUUCAUUAAACAUCAAACAAAAAGUUCUUCCACUUGGUCCAGCAUUUUAUGGAGCUGCAAUAAUUGUUGAAUUAUGGAAAACCGACGAUGACAAAUUUAUGAUAAAGUUGGCAUUUAAACAAGAAGCUGAUAUCAUCAAUGGUAUUCGCUCUAUCAAUGGUACCAACGGAUUUGUGAACAUCACACACUAUGUUAAAGGUUGCGAAGGUUCAUUCAACUAUUGCUCCUAUGAAAUUAUUCGUCGAGCUGCUUUACGUGUUUAUGCGGAAGACUAUUCAAAAAUGCAGAUAGAUGUUCUUGAACGAUAG